AUGAGGCAUACUAUCGCAUCACAACUGCUCCCGGGCACUUCACUUGUGGCUGCUCACUACUAUGAGCCAGGCUCUGGUAUAGGUGCUGGUCCAGAAAACACUUCUUUCGUUGCGGAGAAUCGCCAUCCAGUCGUCUCGAAGAGCGUUUCCUUCCAUCCCUUCCGUCCCAAUGACGACAAUAGCAAGUCUUGGACAUGGACUGUCAACGUCACGAAGAUCGGAGUGAAUGAUAGCGAAUCACCACCAGGUUUAACCCCGGCAGCUUACACCGAGCCAGACGCUCAGGUCGUGAACACGGUCUAUUCAUUCAGUUGGGAAGCGGAUGGCAACACUACAUCACUCUCUGCAGAGCUGGAUGAGCAGCGAGACCGUGCUUCUGAGCCUCUCUGCGUCAGUCCGAUUGGGACGUACUACUUCCUCCCUCCGAAUGUCACGACCCUGUACAACGACACCGCGGAUCCUAGCGGACUUUGUGCAGCGACUAUCGGCCAGACUUGUGUCGAUGCCAUCCGAGACGCAGUGAUAUCAGGGGGACGAGAUCAAAAUGGUCGACUCAAUCUCACAGCUAUCCCGGAGUGUACUGGUCAUCUUCCUAUCGAUCCGUAUGCUUUUAGCUGUACGCAUGAACUCCUCUACUUCUGAAAAUGUGCGCAAGCUGUUGUACUGAAGUGGAGCGCAGCCGUGUAUCCUCUCAACGACCUGAACAAAAUCGACAACGGCACUUCCAAGUUCCAGAACGAAACUUAUUAUAGCGGGGAUGCUUUCCGUUAUGUCACCGGUCCAGCGUACAAUACCACCAACGUCCAGUAUUCUUUUGAGGAGGAACAGUUGCGAGUGCACAUGCUGCUUGUCGAUGCUGGCGACGACUCUUUCAAUGCUCUGUGUAUGAGGGUCAACACCAGUGUCGAAGCGACCGAUGACCCUUCAACCGGUGCAGAGAGUGCUGGAGCCGUCUCACAGGUGAAUGUUUGGCUUGGCAUUGGUGUAGCAUUGGCUAUGUUGAGCAUGUUGAUUUGAGCAUAUGUCUGAGAUAGCCGAUUGCAAAGAUGAAGACGGCAUUGUUUGCUGCGGCACUGCAUGAGAUCAGCUUUCUAUACC